AUGUUUGAAUAUCUUCAAGUUAUUAGAGAGGUUGUUGGAGACAUGCCACCACUUUUACCUACGUUUCCUAUGACAGUGUAUUAUGGAAACGAAAGGGUGUUCAAUGGUCGUGAAUUUAAGGCAUGUGAUGUUGACAUUGCUCCAAGGGUUUUCAUUGGAGGGGGACCAAGCGAGUUGUACACGCUGAUUAUGAUUGAUCCAGAUGCACCAGACCCAAGUGAUCCAUGUUUGAAACAAGUUGUCUCAUGUGUCACAAUGUUCAUCAUAUGUUUAUUAACACUUAAGCAAUGUGUUGUUUUUAGGAUUGUGAUCAACAUUCGUGGCGGGACUUCACAUUCUCAAGGCACCGAAGUUGUACCAUACGAGGCAUCUAGUCCUGAAGUUGGUAUCCAUCGUAACAUAUUCGUUCUGUACAAGCAACAAUCUCAACUUGAUAAUAUUGAAACACUUGCAUCUCGAUUUUGCUUCAACAUUCGAGCUUUCGCAACCGAAAACAACCUUGGAAAUCCUGUUAGGGUUACUUACUUUAACAUGCGACAAACUAAUAAAAGAAAGAGAGGAGAGUGA